GGACUGAUUGCCAGGGAGUACACUAAUGCUUCACGUAUGUUAAUCACCUUACAGUUUACGAAGCACAACCAUAUCCCAGUCUCCUUUGAUCUUCCCUCCAACCCUUGAGUUAGGUGAGGAAGGUAACAUAACUUUGCUCGAUUCACCAAGUAGAAAACUGAAGUUCAGAGAGGGGAAGGAUCUUGCCCAAAGUCACACUACAGGGAGGAAGCAGUAGAGUCCCGACUCGGCCAGACAAGCAGGCACAGCAGAUUGGGGUGCGGCGUGGAUUCUUCUAAGCUGGGGUCACCAUCUCCUGAAGGGGGAGAGGAGAGUCCCAGCCCCCGCCCAAGGAUUUGCGCCUGUUCACGAUGAAUCACUCCAAACAUGUUUGUCACCUAUUUGUGCUCUUCCAUCACCGCUUCUCAACUUCACUUUCUUACUUCUCUUCGGGGGCCAAACUGGGGAGGAAAGGCUCAGCGCCGCGGGGCUGCCUACGUCUUCUUGCAAGAGGCUUUCUGGUGUCCUAUCGCCUACUUCCCACACGAAUGUCCCGAAGCCCAGCGACUAGACUGAGAGGCCACGGGUGCGAGACCACUGAUUAGACCGGCUUCUAGUUCUCACCCCCUGGCAAUUCUCUGUGUGGACGUGCAGACGUCACGUUCCUUCCCUAGUGUGCCCGUCUAGAACUUGUCCCCGGCAGACCUCUCAGCUUUCUACCCGCUCUGCCUGCCAUAACGAUUCUGAGAUCCAGUGCAAAGACGGCCGGGCGCUGGGGCGCGCGGACCUUGCCCACAGCUCGGUCUGGGCCGCACACUGCUGGCUCAGCCGCCCGUUCCCUCUCAGGACUGAAUAGUGGACAUUGCACCUGGGGAAGGAAUGGCCACGCCGAGGUUAUUUAUUCUGACGACUCUUCCCGGAGGGAGUCACCGGAGCGGACCUGAGUUCCAGCUGAGCGCAGGGGACAGAUUCCUGGCUCUGGCUCUGGUCAAGCUCCUCCAACCCACCCAUUACAGGACCGGUUGUCUGCAAGUCUCUCUGAGGAUGCGACCAACUUGUCGCCAGCUUCCAGCUGGGUCCACGCCAGGACAGGUUUUACUUUCAUUUCCUCGGCGGUGCGCGCCUCAGACUGCCGGGGAGGUCAAGGACAGCUGGGCGUCGGCAUGCAGCCAGGGAAGAUCUCGUGGUCUGAACUCGUUCCUUCCAGUCUCCGCCAGGCCUGAGGGGUUCAGUCUGCAGAGAAUUCUGCGGCUGUACCUCGUUGCCUCCUCGCUGUAUCUUUCAGCAAAGUCCAGGAUUCCUGGGGGAAACAGUUCUCGCUUCGGGAACAGGAUCGCGAGGCGUGCUCUUGGCUCAAACUUCUUUCUGAGCUGCAGGCAGCUUCAACAAGGAAAGCAAACCAAGGAGUGGAGGGAGACUCAGUGGCUCGGCUCUGCCAGCCUCCAGUGCCCACGCCAGCUGUGUCGCGGCUGUGCCAGGAUCACACCUGAGAGCCUUAGCACGCGCCUUAUCAGUCUGGGUGCACUUUCUCCCUCUGGCACUUAGAGGUCUGUCGCUUUAGAAUUAAGCUAAUUCUUUCUUAAAGUUAAGUCCUGCCUGGAUUGGCAGCGCUGAGGAUUUUGCUAGAAAACCCGUA